GAUUGAUCGUUAGCCCAGUCGUGUCCCAACCUCAAAUUAAGGUCUGUUCUUAACCAUUCCGUCAUUUUGACGGUUUAAUAAUUUCCAAAAUUUUUCAAUUUUGGAAACCUAUUACUUGUUUGUGUGUUUCUGCAACGGUAAACUUGUUCGUUAGUGAUUAAGACUUAAGUGCAACUUUUCUGUACAACAUGGAUUUACAUGAUCAAUCAAAUGUGGGCAAUAUAGUGCAGUCAAUAUUCAGUACCUGUGAUAUUGAUAAUAUCGAUUUGGUGCCAGUCUCCAAGUUAAUCGAGUUUAUUAGGCCAUACUUAUUACAAGAUUUAGAAGCUUUGGAGAACUUGCAACUUUUAUUAGACCCAUUCAAUACCGAAGCGCUGAUCACGAGUGAACAGUUCUGCGAAGUUAUGACCAAUUGGUGUCAAACAUUGGCGUCACCCACAGAGGGUGAAACCGAAAACUCCGAAUUCAAUAAAACUCCCUGUAACCCAGCGAGCAUUGAUAUGCUUGACCUGCCCUACACCCAUUCCACUCCUAGAGCGAGUUUAGGAGACAAACUUGCACUCAGGUGCAAAGAUUUGCUGAAUUUGUCCAAUGUGUCCGGCUACAGCUUGUCGACGAGCCGCGUGGAAGAAUGUGAACCGGACAAAACGAUUCUGGAAGAGGAAAACAAAAUGCUGAAACAGCAACUGUCCAAAACCUCCCAUGAACUGUUGAUGAUCAAGCAGCAGCUGGCUGCUUCUGAAGACAUCAAUGAGCAGUUACAGCAGGAUUUGGGCAAGGCCAAUCGAAUCCUGCAACAAGAACAGCAAGCCAACGAACAUUUAACCAAAGACAUCAAGUACAGCGAAGAUUUGCGCGAUGAGUUGUCUUACUGCAAAAAACACAUCGGCCAGCUGAAGAGCAAACUUGAACAAUCACAAAAGGAAGUUUUGUUUACUCAGAAAUUGAAUAAUGAGCUAGAGGAAGAGAAGUGCAAACUUGAGAAAAAAGCCGAAGCAAGUUCUAAAUACCGAGAACAAAUGGAAAAUGAGCUCAUCGGCGCCAAGAACGAAGUGAAUAGUAAAGCGGUGCAACUGCAAGAGCAGAAUGAAAUGUUCAGUGCGUUGCAGCGUGAUUUCGCCCGUCAGAAAGACAUUAUUGAUCAGCUAAUGGAAGAAAACAAUAGAUUGAAUCAGCACAAGGUAACACUGGCCCGGACAGUGGAAUCAAAGUCCUUCGAUCAGGAAGAAAAAUUCACCAUUCUGGGCAACAGCGAAGAAUCCUUCGAGCUGGAACUUGACCCAGAACUUAUAAAAACUAAUGGAAACUCAGCUGAUCAAGCCCACAAGUCCCUAUACACAGAAAUAUGCAAAACCAGACCGCUGGCAGAUUCAUCCUACUCAGAGCUUAUCAUGCAGGGCGACAAGCUGGAACUUAAGACCCUACUAGAGGCAGACAAUUGCCGAUUCACCUUACGAGGAAUAGAGCAAGAGCUGAAGAAAACCGAGAACGCUCUCGAAGUAAAAUCCAAUCAGUGUGAUGCUUUAGAAAAACGUCUGGCCGAAGUGCAGGCAAAACUGAUAGAGUCCGAAACAUCACUCAAGAACCACAAUCAGGCGCUGCAAGUAAGUGAUUUACUUAAUCACCGGUCCCACAUAUAACGAUUUACGUGUGGGUCAAUACAAAAAGCCUUUUUAAAAAAGGUCUUUAUUAGAAGCAGGAUACAAAUGAACUGGUUUCGCUUUGU